GCCGGGUGGGGGCUCCCUUACGGGACCGGGAAGUUGUGGGGAGCUGGGAUCGGCCUCUUCUCUAGUGAUAGGGCCAGAGGGGAUGGCCUCGAGUUGCGGCGGGGGAGGUUCAGGUGGGAAAUGAGGAGACAUUUCUUCUCAGAGCAGUCAGGCGUUGGGACGGGUUGCCCAGGGAGGUGGUGGAGUCACCGUCCCUGGGAGUGUUCAAGGACAGGUUGGACGUGGCGCUUAGGGACAUGGGUUAGUGGGUGACAUCGGGGGUAGGGGGAUGGUGGGACCAGAUGGUCUUGGAGGGCUUUUCGAACCUUAAUGAUUCUGUGAUUUUAGAGAGGGAUGUGUUUGGGGUGAUAUCAGGCCUCUUGAUCUCACUUAAGCCUCUCGGUCUGCUGCGAUGGGGAAGCAGGUUAAAGGAUUUAACAACUUUAAAGAAUGAGGUGAGAACCCAAAAAAAUCUAACCAAGGCUGAAAGGAUGCUCUUGACAGGAGGCUUGAAAUCUCUCCUUCCCCACGUACUAAGAAGAAUAAUUCGUUGCAACAGACUCAGUAUCAGUAAUACUUCUGGAAUGGCAGAAGGCUAUAAACAAGCUAACAUUGUGAUUUUGCACAAGUCCCUGGCUGAUGACUUUGAGAAGUUCUGUCACGCAAACAAUGGACCUCUGCCAUUGCUGUACAGAAGCAAACCAGGUGACUGGAAAUGUCCUUCUCUGAGUAGUGAUUCUGAUAUCAGAACUGACUGCCCACAGUACAGAGUGUACGAGCAUGGAGCCUUCACUGGAUCUGUAAAAAGUCUAAAGGAAUAUUCUGAACAACUUAAGGACAUGGUGACUUUCUAUUUAGGCUGCAGCUUUUCUUUUGAAAAAGCAAUCCAAAAUGCUGGCAUUCCUAUAAGAAAUGUUGAACAAGAAUGUAAUGUAAGCAUGUAUAAGACAGCUGUGCCAUGCUACAGUAUUUCUACUUUUUGCUGCAACUUAGUAGUCACAAUGAGACCUAUUCCUGAAGGCAAAUUAGAAGCAGCUGUACUAGCAACAUCUGAACUAAAAGAAGCUCAUGGAGCACCAAUUCACAUAGGUGACCCUGGUCUGUUGGGAAUACAAGAUCUUUUCAAACCAGACUAUGGAGAUCCAGUUCACCUUCACCCUGGUGAUAUUCCGGUGUUUUGGGCCUGUGGUGUAACAGGAGUAGAAGCAGUCAUCAACUGCAGAUCUCCAUUAGCUUUUACUCAUUCUCCUGGCUGCAUGUUCAUCACUGACCUAAAGAAUGACAGUGUUACAGUCGGGUCCUCAAGAGAAGUCCCACAAGUCUACUUCAUUUCACAAGAUCCUUUGCAUUAUAGUAUGGUAUCAGCAGAAGCAGCGCAAAAGAUAAAGAAUCUGGAGAACCUAAUUGGAAUAGACCCAGGAGAGCGGGGUAUAAUUCAUUUACACUGCCCGGAUGAACUGCUGAAGGCUUGCCUGGCCAUCUCCCAUGCUCGGUCGGUGUUGAUAACAACUGGAUUUCCUACCCACUUCUCUUACGAGCCACCAGAAGAGAAUGAUGGGCCCCCAGGAGCCCUCGCUAUCGCAGCCAUGCUGCAGGCCUUGGAGAAAGAUGUUGCCAUAGUAACAGAUCAGAGAGCCAUGGAUCUGAAUAAAAAGAUUAUUGACGAUGCUGUUCAACUAGGAAUCCUGAAGAGACCUGUCCCUCUACUGAGUUAUCGAAGGGAAAAUGCUGAUUCAGCUUUGAUGUUUUUGUGUGAGAAUGGGAAUCCCAGAAGACCUAGAUUUGAUCACCUGAUAGCAAUAGAGCGUGCUGGAAUGGCUGCUGAUGGCAAUUACUACAAUGCCAGGAAAGUUAAUAUUAAACAUCUAGUGGAUCCCAUAGAUGACCUAUUUUUAGCUGCACAAACCAUUCCGGGAGUCACAACAACAGGUGUUGGAGAUGGAGGAAAUGAAUUAGGAAUGGGCAAAGUAAAAGAAGCUGUAAAGAAGCACAUAAAAAAUGGAGAUAUUAUAGCCUGUGAUGUUGAAGCUGAUUUUACUGUUGUAGCUGGUGUCUCUAACUGGGGAGGCUACGCCAUUGCAUGUGCUUUGUAUAUUCUCAGCACCUGUGAAAUACAUGAUCGCUACCUGAGGAAAGCUGUGGGGUUUCCACGAUUACUGAAGAUGGUCUGGCUACCUGCACUUCCAUCAGUUACAAAGGAAGAAAAGCUUCUGAAAGCACUUGUGCAGCACGGGGUCCGCAGUGGAAAAACUGCCAGUCUAGAAAUGGAAGUGGACGGGCUGCCCUUCUACGACACCCACUCGCUUAUGAUUGAGAAGCUGCUGCAAGAGGUGCAGCAGUAACUGCCCCGUAAGACUUCCAAAUCAGGAGUUGCUCCUACUUUCUUAUUUCCUAGGCUUUUUCUGAUCUUUUUUACCUUGUAAGAGAUGAGUCUCUGUCUCUUAAGUACUGGACUUUUCAUCUCUGGUGUCUUGCCCAUGCACAACCUGUUAUUAUUGCCCUUAUAAUAUUUUGGUGAAGCAGGAAGGAGAUAUCAUGAUGAUUUGGUCUACCUUUCUUUUCUGUAAUUUCAUAAUGGAUAUUAAAUGAUAUUAUAUACUAGGAGGUGAUCUGGCUUUUACAAAGAAAACUUCUCAUUAAAAUGAAAUAUGAUU